UGUAGGAGCGCUGUCAAACCCAGCUGAGCGCAUCGAUUCGCGUGGAGGAGCUCCGUCCUGAAGCCGCUCAGUCCGUCAGACUUCAGCCCGCUGAGGAGGAGGAGGACCAGGAGCCAUGACAUCACCCAUUUAUUUGUUUUAAAUAAGAAGAUCCGGAUUCAAACCGAGCCGGACCGGACCGGACCGGACCGGACCGGGUCUCUGAUCCCUCCAGCAGGACUCAGCAGCGUUUUAACGAUCCGGACUUCACACGGAAAAAGUGAUGUCGGUGUCUAAGAGCUCGGGGACUCUGCGGGACCUGCAGCUGGCUCUGCAGCUGAAGAUCGAGGAGCUCCGUCAGAGAGACUGUCUGAUCGAUGAGCUGGAGCUGGAGCUGGACACCAAAGACGACCUGAUCCGCCAGCUGCAGGUGGAGCUGGACCGCCACCGCAGCGCCUCGCAGCACGCCGCCACCGCCACCGAGACCGAGACCGCCAGCACAGGAGUGGUGGUUCAGGCUGCAGCAGCUCCUGACGAGCAUCAGCGCACUAAGAGACAGGCCAUCUCUGCAGAGCCGACAGCACUAGACCCGUCGCAGCUCACAGACGUUACACUGAAGAGCUACUGCAAGACCAAAGAGUCCAGUGAGCUGAUCCAGAGAGCUCUAAUGGACAACGACUUCAUGAAACAUCUGGAACACGGACAGAUUCUCACCAUCAUGGACUGCAUGCAUCCCACCAGUCUGACCAAAGGCUGCUGCGUCAUCCAGGAAGGCGAUGACGGCUCCACAGUCUACGUUAUGGAGGAGGGAUUGGUCGAGGUGAGUAAACAAGGGAAGAAAGUGUGCACCAUCGGCCCGGGGAAAGUGUUCGGAGAGCUGGCCAUCCUGUAUAACUGCACCCGCACAGCCACUGUCACAGCUCUGACCGACAUCAAGCUCUGGGCGAUUGACCGUCAGGGCUUCCAGACCAUCAUGAUGAGGACGGGCCUCAUCAAACACUCCCAGUACACAGACUUCCUCCGCAGCGUUCCCUCCUUUCAGUCUCUACCUGAGGACAUUCUCAGCAAACUGGCUGAUGUUUUGGAGGAGACUCAUUACAGCGACUGUGAUUACAUUAUCCGUCAGGGAGCCACCGGAGACACAUUCUUCAUCAUCAGCGAAGGACAGGUAAAAGUCUCUCAGCAGAACUCACCGAGUGACGAGCAGGUGACGGUGAAGACGCUGGCCAAAGGAGACUGGUUCGGAGAGCAGGCCUUGAAAGGCGAGGACGUCCGGACGGCCAGCGUCACCGCCGUGGGAGACGUCACAUGUCUGGUCAUCGACAGAGAGUCCUUCAAGCAGCUGAUCGGAGGACUGGAUGAUGUCAACAACAAGCAGUACGACAGCGACGAGGUCAAGGCCAAACUGCAGGCGGAGGCAGACUUCUUCUCCAGUGUGUCACUGAGUGAUCUGAACAUUAUCUGCACUCUGGGGAUGGGAGGCUUCAGUCGAGUGGAGCUGGUGCAGCUAAAGAACGAUCCCAACCGAUCGUUUGCCCUCAAAGUGUUGAAGAAGCGCCACAUCAUGGACACCAGCCAGCAGGGCCACAUCCUGUCGGAGCGCCGCAUCAUGAUGGAGGCUCACAGCCCCUUCAUCAUCAGGUUGUACCGGACUUUCAGAGACUCCAAGUACCUCUACAUGCUGCUGGAGGUUUGUCUCGGAGGAGAGCUGUGGACGCUGCUGCGAGACAGGGGAUCAUUUGAUGACGGCACCACUCGCUUCUACACCGGCUGCGUCAUUGAGGCUCUGGCCUUCAUUCACUCCAGAGGGAUCAUCUUCAGAGACCUCAAACCUGAGAACAUCAUCCUGGACCACCGAGGAUACGCCAAGCUGGUGGACUUCGGCUUUGCUAAGAAAGUGGGUCUGGGUAAGAAGACGUGGACUUUCUGUGGGACUCCUGAGUAUGUGGCCCCUGAGAUCAUCCUCAACAAAGGACACGACAGCUCGGCCGACUGCUGGUCUCUGGGAAUACUGGUCUUUGAGCUGCUCAGCGGCAGUCCUCCAUUUUCAGGCUCAGACCCCAUGAAGACUUACAACAUCAUCCUGAGAGGCAUCGACAUGAUCGAGUUUCCCAAGAAGAUCACGAAGAGUGCUGCUAACCUCAUCAAACGGCUCUGCAGGGACAACCCUUCAGAGAGGCUUGGGAACCAGAAGAAUGGAGUGAAGGACAUCCAGAAACACAAGUGGUUUGAAGGCUUCAACUGGGAAGGCCUCCGCCAGGGAACCAUAGCUUCUCCGUUCACGCCCACGGUGGACGGACCGUUGGACAACAGCAACUUCGACUAUUUCCCAGAAGACAUAGAAGACCCUCCUCCUGAUGAAGAGUCCGGUUGGGACCUUGAGUUUUAGCAAGAAACAGAGAGAGGAAGCGAAGCCAUAUCAGAAAGAGCUUUUUAUUUCUAUGAAUUGUUGUAUGGAAAAAUCAAAGGGCAGCGCAAAGACACUGCAAGCCAGUGGAAAAUUAAAAAUAUAUUGUAUAGGAUUAAAGGUACUGUUGAGAAAGAUUAUGAGGGUUCAAGAAUGAAACUAAAAUAUUUAAAGCAAGAAGUCAUACAUUAGAGUAAAAAGCUGUUAUAAUGUAUGAGGAAAAAAAUGUAAUAUGUUGGAAAUAUUCUUAAUAUAUCAAGAAUAAAGUCUAAGUCUUAAAAUCUGUAAUGCAUUAAGAAUAAAGUGGUACUAUCUGAAGAAAUAAAUGUGAAUAUGUUGAGAAUAGGGCUAGAGAAAAAGUUGAAUAAAACAUCAAUAGAGUGGUAUUUUUUUUUUUUAACCAAAAACAUUAAUAAUUUGAAAAUAAAGACAUAUUAUUUUGAAAAGAAGCCAUCGUAAAUAAAGUCAUACAUUUCAAGAAAAAAGUAGCAAUAUCUCCAGCAUAAAAUUGUAGAUUUUACAAAAAAUAAUUUGUUAAACUUUAAGAAAAAUGACUGUACUGUGGAAAAAACCUUGUGAUUUUAUCCUCUCAAAACAUUUUAAACAUCUAAGAAGAACCUGUUUUCCCAGAUGGAUCAUUAUUCAGUUCCAGCGUCCAUCGAAUAAAAAUUACUUCUUUUUUUAAAAUCAGGAUGCAACAUCCUACGAUUUGUAGAUUCAGUUUUCGGUCCGUACUUCUUUAAUUUAGUUUUCUUCUUUGCAAGUUUAAAACUUGUUCUGCAGUCCAUGCUAGGUGCCUUAAAGAAAUAGAUGCUUGCUUUCAUGUGGAGUGAGAUGAGAACAUCAACAUCCAUUCAUACUGACAGAGAGUUGUGCUGCCUUCAGGUACUCAUGCCUGCUGGGAUAUCAAAAUGACAUUUCGAGUCGAUUUAUUAUGAGCAAUAGAACCACAGGGGUAAAUAUGCCAGGGACAGAUGGGCUCCUCUAUAAUCCCCAAGUUACCAACAUCUGACAUUUAUGAGCAGAGGGAAGAAAAAUCUGGUCAGCAACCGACAGCAAAAGUAAGUCCUACAUUCUCCAAUUAUAUUUUCAAUUUAACGCUGUCACUCAUGAAACCUUUUUCCUUUUGUCCCCAAAGAGAGUAACGUUUUCUCUGAACUUGUUUGUCUGUGCUGAACCCCGUCCCUGAGCUGCCACUGUCUAAUCGGCCUUGUAUUUCCUGUUGAUACUCAGAAAGCAUCAGGAGGAUUGUGUCUUUCUUCAGGCUUCACAAAAUACAAUAAACUGUCUAAAAGAAGUUGUUGUGGCCACCAUGGCGCCACCCAUUCAUUUGUAGCCUUAAGUUUGGAAUUUUGCCUGUCGCCAUUGGGCUUUUUUGGAGCCAGAAGUGACCAUCACUUCUGGACAGUGGUGGAAGAAGUAUUCAUGUCCCUUACUUAAGUAAAAGUACUAAUACCACACUGCAGAAUUAUUCCACUACAAGUAAAAGUCCUGCAUUCAAAACUUACUGAAGUAAAAGUACAAAAGUAUCAACAUCAAAAUGUACUUAAAGUAUCAAAAGUAAAAGUACUCGUUAUGCAGAAUGGACCCACUCAGAUUGUUAAAUAUAUUCUAAAUAUAAUAUUAAAAAUUUGAGUGUGCUUGC